AUAACAGCAGAUAAUCACCAGGAUGGGAGUGAAUGACUUGUGGCAAAUUUUGGAGCCUGUAAAGCAACAUAUCCACCUGCAGGAUCUUAGUGGGAAAACCAUUGCCGUUGAUUUGAGCCUCUGGGUAUGUGAGGCACAGACAGUGAAGAAAAUGAUUGGAACUGUCAUGAAGCCCCACCUCAGGAACCUAUUUUUUCGUAUUUCGUACUUAACUCAAAUGAAUGUAAAACUGGUGUUCGUAAUGGAAGGGGAGCCACCAAAGCUGAAAGCUGAUGUCAUGAGCAAGAGGACACAGACACGUUACGGGCCUUCUGGAAAACCAUGCUCACAGAGGACAGGGAGAUCACAUUUUAAGUCAAUCUUACGAGAGUGUCUUGAGAUGCUAGACUGCCUAGGAAUCCCCUGGGUCCAGGCUGUGGGGGAAGCUGAAGCAAUGUGUGCUUACCUUAAUGCCAGUGGCCAUGUGGAUGGCUGCCUCACUAAUGAUGGUGAUGCCUUUCUUUAUGGAGCCCAGACGGUUUACAGGAAUUUCACCAUGAACACAAAGGAUCCACAUGUUGACUGUUACACGGUAUCAUCUAUCAAGAGUAAGCUAGGCUUGGAUCGAGAUGCUCUGGUUGGUCUUGCAGUACUUCUUGGCUGUGAUUAUCUACCAAAGGGAGUGCCUGGAGUUGGAAAAGAACAAGCAUUAAAACUGCUGCGGAUUUUGAAAGGUCAAAGUUUGCUUCAGAGGUUUAACCAGUGGAUUAUAGAACCUUGCUCCUCUAUUCCACAAUCUGCAGCUAAAAAUGUGGCUCACUGCUCUGUGUGUUCCCAUCCAGGUUCGCCUAAGGAUCAUGAACGUAAAGGAUGCACAUUAUGUAAAAGUGAUAGAUACUGUGAACCACAUGAUUAUGAAUACUGCUGUCCUUGUGAAUGGCACCAGACAAACCAGAAUAGACAACUAAAUGAAAUAGAAAACAAUAUUAAAAAAAAAGCUUGCAGUUGCAAAGGAUUUCCAUUCCAUGAGGUCAUUCAAGAAUUCCUUUUGAAUAAGGAUAAAAUGUUGAAACCUAUCAGGUACCAAAGACCUGAUUUAUUACUGUUUCAGAGGUUUACUGUUCAAAAAAUGGAGUGGCCCAGUCACUAUGCAUGUGAGAAGUUGUUGGUCCUUUUGACCCGCUAUGACAUGACGGAAAGAAAACUUGGGAGAAAGAACUCUGGUCAACUACAGCCAAUUAGAAUUGUUAAACCCCGAAUCAGAAAUGGAGUUCGUUGUCUUGAAAUAGAAUGGGAAAAGCCUGAAUAUUAUGCUAUGGAAGAUACAGAGGCUGGAGAACUGGAUCUCCUUACAGUUGAAGAAGCAUCCCUGUUUGAAGCAGCCUAUCCUGAGGUCGUUGCUGUCUACCAGAAACAACAGUCAGAAACUCAAGGGAAGAAACAGAAGAGUAAGUGUUGUGCUGGCUGUAUGAAAGUUAAGCCCAAAGGAAACAGUUUAUCAGAAAUGGAUAAUGUAGUCAGUUCUCAGUCACUUAUGACUUUAAAACCUAAAUGUGAAGUCCUCCCCAAGCAUACUCGCAAAACUAAUUUGGAAAUUUCUCCAGAUCCUAUUUUACCACAGGAAUCUACUUCUCCCUCACUGAGUAAUUUAGUUUUCCCUGAAAGUGCUCCCUGUUUGAAUUUGCAAGAACAUUUCAUGCCUCCUCCAAGACCUGUGGCUGGAAAGCAAACUAAAGAUGUCAGUAAUUUUCUAGUUUCAGAAUGCAGUGAGCCCAGCUCUUCAUCCCACAAUAUCUCUGUGAUUGCUAAUCUACACUUGAGUACCAUUGAUUGGGAAGGUACUUCCUUUAGUAAUUCUCCAGCUGUUCAAAGAAACAGUUUGUCCCAAGAUUUACAAUCAGAACUUGAGUCAUCAUCCAUCCUUCCUGGCUUUGAAAAUACCCCAGAACAAUGCACCGCAAACAAUGAAGUGCUGGGUAGAGAUCUUCAAAAGAUUGCUCCUGAAGAACAUCUACUUUCUGACAUCACUGGUUUAUAUCUUCACGAUUUGCCUCUAAAGGAGCGAAUACAUUUAAAAUCCUCAUGCCCUCUGUAUAAUGUACAAGCAGAUGCUAACCUGGAAAGUUUGCCCCUAAAAGUAAAAAGUUCUUGUAUUAUUGACAGUAACUCUGGUUGUUUAUCAGAUUUCUCAAAGGAAUUUCCAGGAAUAUAUCUGCACAAAGAGUCCAAAAACUUGAAAGUACUAAACAACCAACUCCUUCAAGAAAAUUCUUCAGUGGAUACUUCCAUACCUUAUUCUUUUGAUGACAAAGCAGUAAAGACCAGUCUUAAAGUUGAGCCCCCAAAUACUGUUCUACCUCAUAAUCCAAAAGUUGAUGAGAAAACUACUAAGAACCUUGUAAAGAAGAGUGUUUGCCUCAAGAGAGAUUCUUCAGAUGAAGAAAAUGAUCUAGUGUCCUGGGAAACUAAGAAUACUGCUUCAAAAAUGAAACAUGGUUCUCAGAAGCAUAGCCUAGCCCAGGGCAGAGAUAAACUCAGAAAUCCGAAAGUAGAUGCUAAAGAAACCAGACUAUGCACAAAGUCUUACACAACAGCUGAAGGUGAAGAAAACUCAUUCUCAGAUCCAGGGGAAAGGACUCAGAGUUUUCUACCAUCUCAUAAGAAAGAUGAGGACUCUGCUGCCUACUUGGAUAGUCCUCUCCCUUUAUGCCAGAGGUUAAAACUUAGGUUCCAGAACACUUGAAGUGGAUUUUAUAAUACUUAAUUAAUUUGAAUGUUGUCAGCAUUAACAGAAGCCAAGCAAUGCUGUCCGGUUCAUGUUUGGUAGGAAAUUUACAUGAUUAUGUACCAUUUAUUCAAAAUGUAGUUUAAAAUGUUAGCAGCCAUGUAUGGUUCAUGGCUAUAAUCACAGCGCUUAGGAGAUGGAUACAGUUCAGAGAAACAGGAGUUCUACCUCAUCCUCUUGUGUAUGGAGAGUUUCAGGCCAAUCCUGAGUUAUCUAAGGA